AUGUCCGUCGACCACAUCGGCCUCUACGUCCCCGCCGGCAUCUACAAGGAAGUCAUCGAGUGGUACCUCGGCGCCCUCGCCCCGAUCGGCUUCAAGAAAUUCGUCGAGCCGAACGAGUACGCCUGCGGUCUCGGCGUCCACGCCCCCGACUUCUGGAUCGCGUCCCACAAGGUCGACGAGGCCAAUAUCCCGCUUCACGUCGCUUUCAAGGCCGAGAAUCACAAGGCCGUCAACGAGUUUCACAAGGCCGCUCUCGCUCUCGGUGCCAAGGGUACCAAAGACAACGGCGCUCCUGGUCUGAGGCCGCAGUACCACCCGAACUACUACGCUGCUUUCUUCAUCGACCCUGCCGGUAACAAGGUCGAGGUGGUCUGCCACAAACCGGAGGUCAUCAAUGAGUAG